AUGUGCAGACCAGAGAAUGUCAAACGUCCUUUUUAUCCUCUGAGGAUACUCAGAGACCUGAUCUGUGGAAUUAUCCACAGCCUUUAUCCUCUUCCCAGUACAACUGGACUUGGAUUCACACAGGCACACCAAAUGACCAUAAGGACACCUGCCCCAAUGUUAAGCAUUGACUCCCAGCCUCUACCCAACUCACCUCACCUGAGCCCAAUCCAGGCCUGCACUGUCCCCCAACCUCCACCAUCUACGCAUGUUCCAGACCAACCCCUCAGAAUUGUCUUCAUGAUGAGACAAGGGAUGCGGGGAGGGCCCCAGAGGAACCUGGGUGAUACCCGUGUCCCAGUCCGUGUUCUCCAGGAGGACCUUCUGGUCUCCUCCUCUGAGGGGAGUGACCCGCCCUGCCCCAAGGCACGGAAGACUCAGCCUCCAGGCUAA